UGUAAAUUCAAGGUGUGUAUCAGAUUUAGCAGCAUUUGUCAAAUCGUGCAGUGUCUAGCAUGAGUAAGAAGGUUGUCUUGGUCACUGGAGCGAAUAGUGGCAUUGGCUUGGCUCUGUGUGAGCGUCUCCUCACACACAGUGACCAGAUUCACCUGUGUCUGGCAUGUAGAAACAUGCAGCGGGCUGAGGCAGCCCGCACUGCCUUGCACACCUCCCACCCUGGAGCUGAUAUCUCCCUGCUCAAAGUCGACGUUGGCAGCCUGCAGUCCGUGUUGGAGGCAUCUAAGGAGAUCAAACAGAGGUUUAAGAAAGUAGACUACCUAUACCUGAAUGCAGGGAUCAUGCCCAAUCCUCAAAUAAGCCUUAAAGCCUUUGUGACUGGACUGUUCUCAAGGAAGGUGAUCAGUAUGUUUGCCACCGGGGAAGGUCUUCUGACGCAGCAAGACCGGGUCACUGCAGACGGAUUGCAGGAGGUUUUUGUUACCAAUGUCUUUGGACAUUUCAUAAUGAUCAGAGAGUUGGAGCCUUUACUGUGUCAGCCUGGAAACACAUCCCAGCUGAUAUGGACAUCAUCCAGCAAUGCCAGAAGCUCUGCGUUCAGACUGGAUGACUACCAGCACACUCAAGGAGUGGAGCCCUACAGCUCCUCUAAAUAUGCUUCAGAUCUGCUGAGUGUGGCAUUGAAUAGGCACUAUAACAAACAGGGCUUGUAUUCAUCUGUAAUUUGUCCUGGACUCGUGAUGACAAAUUUAACUUAUGGCAUCCUUCCAUCAUUUUUCUGGAUGUUGAUUAUGCCAGUUAUGUGGCUGAUUAGAAUAUUCACCAACACGUUCACUCUUACUGCUUACAAUGGAGCGGAGGCUUUGUUUUGGUUGUUUAAUCAGAAGCCGGAAUCCUUAGAUCCCCGAGCAAAAUACCACAGCUAUAGUUCAGGACUGGGAAACAGUUACACUAAACCACAAAAGAUGGACCUGGAUGAAGACACGGCAGAAACAUUCUAUGAAAAAUUACUUGAGCUGGAAGGCAGAGUGCGAGACAAACACAGAGCACAAGAGGAUAGAAGAUAGAUGCACUCUGGCUUGUCAUGGACCAGACCAUUUAUAUUGCUGCUUUCCAGUACAAACGACAUCUGCAGUCUGUCUGCAUCUGUUGACAUUGUUCUACUACAUUGGGAAGAUCUUUUUUUUCUGUACCACUGUCAAUGGAAUUUAAAGAUGCCUUUUUAAAUUAUGUAACAUAUCAGUAACUUGCGAGGCAUUAUAAAUCUAAGUUUGGGGGUCAAUGGGGUAGAGUGCGACCUUUUAAUCAUUUAUUUAAUGUUGUUUGAGAUCUGCUGGUUUAAGAAAACUACUAAAAUAGCACUGAAUACUAGUAACAGGUUUGUUCUUCACUGGAUGCCUGCCAGAGAGCUUUCAUAAUGAAUGACACAAAAGUGUAUGCUGUAAAACUGGCACUAGUGCAGGUAAACCAAAUCCUGACUAAACUAUCCUCAACUGCAGAUAUGGUUCGUUGGAAGUUUAUUAUCAUUGCUACCUGUCUUUUGACACCUGUGGCAGCUUUGCUUUAAUCAUAGACCAACACUCUUUUCAAAGCAGAAACAGAAUUCUAGAUUACGUCAACAUUUUACAGACACCCUAGGUGUGGUGCAAGUGAAUCGUGCAGGGAAUGGUCAGGAGGAAGAAGUUUUAUUCAGUGUCAUUGUUAAUUCUAUUGCAAUUUUUGUACAGCGUUUUCACAGCCUAAGAAAGCUCUGAAAAUAUCCUGAGGCUGUAUUUCAUAAAAUAAAAUAAAUACAGUCCAUCAACGACAGUUAUUCAUGCUGUGUUUGACUCCAGAGGUGUUUUUGUUUUAAAUGAGAAUGUUUUAAAACAGUGAAAUGAUUACAGUAGCCCAAUCUCGUUUUCCAGAGGUGACCUCUGUAAACAAGGUUGACUAGGGGUUAAAAUCGAUUAACACAAUGAGUACAAUUUGAAAACACUUCAAUAAAAAAAUUAAUAGUACAUUGUGCUUUGAAUAGAUUACUGUUCUUCCUAUUUCUGCCAGUCAUUAAUAAACACUAUUUGAAAUACUAGAGAAAUUAAAAUUCUAUUAACUAUUUAGUUUUUUUGCUCAAUGCAAAAUAUGAUGUACUGUAAGCAGAGGCUUCACUGCUGCGUACGAGAACAGUGAUGUGAACAUAAAUGCAAUCAGAAUGGAAAGGACUUGGGUAUUUAACAUUAACCAGCUGUGUGUUACAUUAGAGAAAACUCAGCAUCUUUGAAAUGGUUAGGUGAGCUCAUCCAAGCAAGGCUAGCAGGUGAGAUAAGGUUGCAGUGGAAUACUACAAAAAGCUUUUGUUCUCACUCUUUUGAGUGGGUCACAAUAAAGCUUCCAAGGAAUCUUCUACAAAGUGUUUAAGCAAUAAGUCAGUAAUGGGUUGAUUUCAGGGUUGAAGAAUUUUGCCGAUCCUCAUUUAGCCUAAUUGAACAAUUUUAAUUUGAUAUUUUCCAACUCAAAGGCUGCACAAGAAAGCAGUAACAGAAAUUAAAAUCAAAACAUUUACAUUACAUAAGACAUUGGUCUUGUUUCUUAUACCAUAGUUUUAUCUCAAUGCAUGUUUAUUUGACAAACAUGCAUUAAAAACAAACCUCAUUCAUUAUUGAAAUACUUUGCUUGUUUUGAUGAAUAAGGUUUGGUGUCAAUGACUGCUUUUAUUAAAUGUGAUCCACCAUAUAACUAUUAAACACUCAAUAGUGCUGAAUUUAGAAACAAAAUAAACUUUUAUUGUUUUUUAC